AUGUCACUUAUCCCCUACCAGCCCCACGAGGGCCGAGAGAUUGUGCUCCGGCAUCAUAACGCUAUUGUUGUCCGCGACUCUCAAUCCCAUCGACUCGAAAUCAGAGGCAUCUCUACCUGUCCAACAUGUCAUCAACCUCUUACUCGUUCCGAGAAUGAUCCCGACAGGGGAUACGAUCGUUCCUUUGGCGCCCGCCAAGAGACCUAUGUCGACCCCGAUUACUUUCGUAUGCUCCGCGCCGUCAACAAUAACGACACCUCGACCGACCAUGGACCUCCAAGUCCUGUGAGGAGGAUUUUCGGACCUUCUCUCGGCGUUGGCAGCAGCCCGAGUACACGCCAGAGGACACCUUCUCCAGCUCCCGAGGAAGCCGAGUUUGUGUCGAGUACACCUGGUGUUGCGCAAGCAGAAGGCAGCAGGAUACGGCGAGAUGCAUUCAGCCCCAACUACUUCAACACAUUUUUCGUCGAAGAAAGAGUACUGGGCCAAGGUGGCAAGGGUGUUGUGCUUCUUGUGCGACACGAGAUUGAUGGGUGCGCUUUGGGUCAAUUCGCCUGCAAACGAGUUCCUGUUGGAGACGAUCAUGCAUGGCUUGAGAAGGUUCUCAUCGAAGUCGAACUGCUUGCUAAACUUUCCCACCCAAACCUUGUCUCUUACCGACAUGUCUGGUUGGAAGACGUUAGACUUACCCGCUUCGGCCCCAGUGUCGCCUGCGCCUUCAUUCUACAACAGUACUGCAAUGGUGGUGACCUUCACCAGUACAUUAUAGGAGGCGCACCUCGUGAAGCGACCAAGGAAGAGCUGAAAGCGCAAAUGCGUCGCAGGUCAAAAGGCCAGCUCGAAACUCCCGUCGACUUGUUGAACGGCAAUCGGGUAUUAUCUGUUGAGGAGAUUUAUUCCCUGUUCAAGGACAUUACUUCUGGCGUGGCAUAUCUUCAUGCUGCCAACUACAUCCAUCGCGAUCUGAAGCCAAGCAACUGUUUGAUGCACCGCGAGGGUGGCAGAACAAUUUGCCUUAUCAGCGACUUUGGUGAGGUCCAGCCCGAGAAUGUUGUCCGCAAAUCCUCUGGCACCACUGGAACCAUCUCGUACUGUGCCCCCGAGGUUCUGAAGAUGGACGCCAUGUCGGGACGAUAUGCAAACUUCACGACGAAGUCGGAUAUCUUCUCACUCGGUAUGAUUUUGUAUUUCAUGUGUUUCGGGAGACUUCCAUACCAGAACUCGAAUGCUCUUCAGGAAGAGCUUGAGGAUGUGGAUGAGCUUCGAGCAGAGAUCACCCAGUGGGAAGGAUUCCAGGAUGAACGACGUGAACGACCUGAUCUACCACCGAGACUCUACCAGUUGUUAAAGAGACUACUAGCUCUCGACCCUGCAGACAGACCGAGCGCCAACGAGGUACUCAAAGCCAUGAGGGGAGAGUCUGUCAGCUUUGAUAAUGGUGCAGGUCAAGAGCCUGCACCAAAUCUUGGCAUCGGGACUCGAAUCCAAAAUCUAGACUCACCUGCUCCUCCAAGCACUCCAGUCCCAGGUCCCCGACACCGUAACCAGACAUCAGGGCAGGGCAAAUUUGAAGAACUCGGGGCGUUGGCUAGAUCAACCUCGAGAGACUUGUCGCCCACGAAGAACUCACAGGGUUCUCGACUCGAUCCGCAUCGCCAGUCCUUGUCACGACAUCGUGGGUCGCAUUCCAUGGUUGUUUCUCGCAGCCAGGAAAGUCGCCGUAGUUCCCUCGUAACCCCAGCAGUCAGCGUCAGUGACGCGUCCGAAGCAGAAAUGCACGAGCGACGAAACUCCCAGAGUCCUCCGCUCCUCAUGCCACCGCCCAGCACGGCAGCUGAUGCCUUGAGGCGAAGAGUGACCGUUUUAAUUAUCCGUCUCAUGAACUUCGCAGGCCCACACUCUCCACUACUAAGUUACAUCUUUCGCCUUGGCCUCUUCGGCAUCAAAGUAACGACUCUGCUGCGUCCUUGCUGGCCCGUCAUGGCCCAACUGAACGUAGCCAUUCCUCUCAUUGGUGUAGCGGCUCUUGACCUCGGUCUACCACAAGUAACAAGCUACCCCCCAAUGCUGAUACAAGGCCAUGGGGAUUAUUUCUCGAACGGACCACGCGCGUGGGGACUCGGUAUGAGUUUGAUCCUUCUCGUGCUUCACUUCACAGUGCUCUGGGUUGCGUCCGGCUGGGAGACGCUGUGCGUGGCGAGACAACACGACAUCUGGACAGAGGGCCCUUGGUAA